ACCACACACACACACACACACACACACACACUGCUCGGCUCCACCUCGCUCGGCGGGUGUGUGAAGAAGAUACAGCCCGUUAUUUCAAGGUUAUCUCCUGCAGGAACCUCACUUGUUCGGAUCCUAUGGGAAUUUUGAUAACCGCAGUUUUGCUCUGGGCUGCCGUCGGAGUGGGAAGCCGGCCAGUAACCUCACCCCUUAAUGAUGCAAAGGUUGAAUGUAUUAUUCAGGAGACACUGAAUGAAGACGGGUCACAACAUGAGUGUGGCCCUCAGCUAGCAGAGGAACUUGAUGAGGUGCAAAGACAUCAGGGUCUGCUCAGGGAGCUGCAGAAGCUGGCUAUCGAUGAGAAAGAAAGGGAGCAAGAGGAUGAGAAGCAGCAAUAUGAGUACAACCUGGCUGACGAUGAGAGCGACUUCGAGCCGGGGGAUGAGGAGGCGAAGCAGGAGGGAGAUGUGACCAACUUUGCAAAAAAGACAGAAGACAAGACAGUGGAGGAUGACACCAAGCAGAAGAUAAUGGAGGAGCCACGGAUAGAGGACACAGGGAGGGACAAUGAAGAGGAGAGAGCCAAGGAGCUAGAGGAGCUGCUGGCUGAAGAGAUUACCAAGAAAGGGAAGGAGGAGAGGAAUGAUGAAGAGCUCAAAGAACUUCUGAAAGAGCUGAAGAAGAAACGCUACGAGGCGGUGAAGGAGAGGGAGGUCCAGAAGGGCUCAGGAGCAGAGCAGAAGGAAGAGGUGGAGGAAAAGAAGGAGAAGGAGAACAAAGAGAGGGAGCGAGAUACAGAGGAGGACUUAGAGAAGCAGAGGAUGGAGGAAAGGAGGAAGAAUGAGGUGGAGCUGAUGGUAGAGAAGGAGAAGGUGGAGAAGGAGCUAAAGGAGCUGCUCAAAGAGCAGGACAGCAAGAGCAAGCCAGAGCAGGAGAGGGAGAGGAAGGAGAAGCAGGAGGAGCUGGAAGAACUCGUCAGGAAGAUGAAACGAGUGCAGGAGGAUGAGAAGCAGGGGACGCAGGGCGGGAAGAAAGAGGACGGCAUGGACAAAAGCGCAGCGGAGGAGAAGGAGGGCGAAGAAGGAAAGGAGCCCGAUAAGAAAGCAGAGAAUGAGGUCAAAAAGAAGGAGGAGGCGGCAGAGGUGAAGGAGCCGCAGCAGAAGAGAGUGAUGGAGAAAGCGAGUGAUGAAGCCACGCAGCAGUUUGACCGGGAGAGGUACAAGGAUGAGGAAGAGGAGGAGGGCGAGGAAGAUGAGGAUGAAUUCGUCAGAGAGGAUGAGGAGGGGCAGCAGGAGGAGGAUGAUGAGGAGGGUGAUGCCGAUGAAGAUGAAGGGGAGGAGCUGCUGGAGAUUGAAGCAGAGUUGCGUAAAGUUGCUGCAGAGCUGAGGGAGCUUCGCAGAGGAUAAGACACACACACACACACACACACACACAGACAGCAGACUGACAAAACCCUUUGUUGCAUUCACAGUCACACAUCCAGCUCACACAUUUUCCAUUUAACAGCCUUCAAGUCCCUGCAGCACUCAGAGAAAUGUCUUCAGAUGUUAAUCUGUAGAUGGACAUUAGUAAAAACUGUACAUACUAUUGUUUAAUUUCUGCUUUUAGAUUGCCUGGAUAAGGCUUUCUACGUUUUCCUUUGCGCUCAUUCGAAUGUGUUUUUCUAGAGAAUUUGAAAGAUGUUUGUGUCCAUCUACACUCGUGUCCCUGUCUCAGUAAAUGCUGUUUGUAAGGUAGACAGUUGAUUUCACUUCAGUUGUAAACGGCCAUGGAUGCAAAGCAUUCAGCACUUUUAUUCAAACAUUUUUUCUGACUGCAGAUUGCCAACCACACAAACACCAUCAUUUGAAAUCUGAGUCAUGAAUCCUGGCAAGCAGUGCUUCUUUUCUCUGAAGGUAUCAUCCUUGAUGGUGUGUUCUUUGUGGGAAAAACUGAUUCCCUACUAUAAGUAAUAUGUGUAUUUCAAUAUCUAUUUUGUGCAAUAAUAGAUGUAAGCUGUUUAUGCUGUUUUGACUGUUAACAAUAUGCAUUACUGAUAUUUCUACACAGGAGUAAGUCAUUAUUUCCUCUCCGUUUCUUUGAUGAUAAAGUAGAAACAAGGAUUGUGUUUCAUUUGGCUCACGCACUGUUAAAACCAGACUGUUUGUGACGAACCAGGGUGACGCGAACAAAAUGUGAAAAGUCUGCACGCUGACACACCUGUCAGAUGUUAAGUUUGUCUUGAGUGUGGUUAGUAUGUGGCGACAGUACGCGAUGUACUUAGAGCUUACAAGGUCUAAAAGUGUCACUUCAGGUUCUCAGCCAGCUUUGCACUCUUAACAAGCCAAGGAGUAGUCGAGGGAACAGGGAGACACUAAAGCCAUUCUGUCUUUUGGUAACAAUAACAUUGAUAAAUGCUCAGUAGUGUUACAUCACAGUUUUCAUGGCAGUCGUGUCAUUUGUGUAAAUAUCAGAUAUCAUGGUCUGUAAGCCAAGGUCAUAGGAAAUAUGAAGCAACAGCGCCCCCAAGAGGACACUAGGUAGAAAUGCACACAGUGCAGGGUAAACAGGGUUACCAUUGGAGGCCCACUUACUGCAAUAACACAAUAUAGACUACAGCACAUAUGAAUGCAAUAAUUAGCCAAAUAAUGAAUUAUUUAAUAUAUUUAAAUAUGUAUUCAAAAUGCAUCAUAUAGUACUCAUACAGCAGAUAUAAUCUCUCUUUUUCUACACAGCCAAGAUUUACAAUACAUUUAUGUAUUUCAACACUGGCAAAGUAGCCGGUCGACUUGUGUAAACACGUAGUAUAAAUAUAACACAUAUGAUCAGUCAACACUGAUGAGCUCAUUAUUGUCUAUUCCAAAGAUGAGAUGUUUGUUCCCUUGCGAAUAAAUGAAAAAUUGAUGUACUGUAGUUUUCUUUUUUCUAUAGAAGUGCAAAAAUAUUUCCACAAAAUGUAUCUUACAAACCAGCAAGAAAGACGUAGGAAAUGUCUGCAGGGGGGUGACACAAGGGCAUAGAGGACAUUUCGAACAACAGGAAAGAAAAAUUAUAACAAAACACCACUUGUAAUAUUACUGGCCAGUCAGAGUGCUGUAUUUUGUGCCUGCUGUAUCUUCUUCUAUGCUACUUGUCAAUCAAUAAACGCAAAAUGUAUUAAACUGUUA